AUGGGUGGUUUUUUAAAAGAAGAAGGUAAGGAGGAAGAAUUGUUAGUUGAUGAUGUCGAUGAAGUUUGUGAAAGGCCGACCAAUUUCAAAGAAAGGCAAGGAAAUCCUAAAGACGAACCCUCUAAUCUUCAUGACUAUGCUUCUUCGGUUCCUCUUCCGGCUAUACCUCCUGAUCGGCUGACAGAUCACCGACUCAAAACAGUGCUUUUAAUUGAACUUGUUGCUCAAGUUGUUGCUACCUCAUACCUCGCCACCUUGUCCAUGGCCUCUUCCUCUGCAUGGCCUCACCAAGAUGUGGAUGCAUUGGAAAUGGACCACUAUGACUUGCAUGCUCACAGAAGGGAAAUGAAGCAUAAAGGAAGAAAUGUUGUUUGGUCGAUCGCAAUGGACAAAUGUCUAAUUGAAGCUCUUGCUAUUCAGGCUAGAAAUGGAAACAAAAUAGACAAAUGCUUUAAUGAGAAUGCAUACACUGCUGCUUGCAUUGCUGUGAACUCCCGCUUUAAUUUAAACUUGAACAAUCAGAAGGUCAUUAAUCGUCUUAAGACCAUUAAGAAAAGGUACAAGGUUAUUAGGGAUAUGCUAAGUCAAGAUGGUUUCAGGUGGAAUCCUAGCACAAAGAUGAUUGAGUGUGAAAGUGAUGACCUUUGGAAGAGAUACAUUGCGGCCCAUCCUGAUGCAAAAGGAAUUCGAGGAAAGCAGAUUGACAUGUAUGAUGAACUAAAAAUUGUUUGUGGAAAUUACCAAGCCCCUAGUCGUUGGGCUAAGGUAAAGGAUGGAGGCCAUCCAACAAGGAACUUUGCUGAAGAUUCUGCUUCAUUCCUCUCGCCAAGUUCUGAAGAUGCAAGUGAGACUGAUGGAACAGAUUCAUGUUCCGAACAACCAGAAUAUCUGCCAGAUGGCAACCAAGAUCCUCUGAUCCAGCCUGUCAGACCACUCUCAAAGGCUCAUGGCUCAGAGACCCUUCAGGAUGCAAUGUUAGCCGUGGCAUCAAGUGUUCGGCGUUUAGCCGAUGCAAUGGAGCUAAGCAAAACUACUAUCAAUGCCUCAGAACUGCUACAGGCUGUGAUGGAGAUUGAUGGCUUGGAUGAGGCCAAACAAAUGUAUGCUUUUGAGUAUUUGAAUGCAGACCCCAUUAAAGCCAGAGCCUUUAUGACAUACAAUACCCGAAUGAGAAAGAUAUAUCUAUUUCGGCAGUUUUGGUGGUGGAAGUGA